AUGGUGGUAAAUUUGGCCUUGUUGCCUUUCAUUGAGGAUUUUGAGGUUUGUUGUCAGUACAGUUGGGGAUCAGCUGUGUUAGCCUAUCUUUAUAGGGGGUUGUGCAAAGGAGCUGACCACCAUACUUCGGUUGUCGGUGGUUGUAUGCUACUGUUGCAACUUUGGGCAUGGGAGAGGCUUCCUAUGCUUAGGCCAGAGGGCGUUAUAGCAGAAUUAAAUAUUCGUGAUUUGCCAGUUGGUGCCAGGUGGGUAGGUGCACAUUUUUGGGGCAAUGUGCCUCAUCACGUGAUUCGGGCAUAUCGCAACCAAUUGGAUCGCGUUAACCAACAAAUGUUUGUAUUCGAGCCUUACAAUGCAUUAUUUCCUCAAUUGCCUGACUAUUGCACGGCCGACCAAGCGAUUUGGACUGCUCGAGUGCCUUUGAUAUAUUUUUAUAUCAUUGAGCACUACUAUCCUGACCGGUUCUGCAGGCAAUUUAGCCGGUUUCCAAGAUGUCCUGUUUAA